GCUCCUUUCGGCCGCCUGCUGGAGUGCGUAGAUCGCCGCGGCGGCGGGGGAGGACGGGCGAGCUGGCGCCUCAGCUUUGAGAUGCUUCAAGCUGAAAGUAAAGAAAGGCUCUUGGAGUGUCAGGAUGAAAUCACGGUGGAACCAUCUUCUAAAAAACUGAAAUCUACAGACAGGGCUUGUGAGAAAGUCUCUGAUUAUGAUAACCAGGAUAUUCAAGAGGAAUUGGAUGCUGAGAGAACAUCAAAUGAUUUGAUACCAGUGUAUGCCUCAGAUAACCAAGGGCAACAUGAAGUGCAGAAGCAAGAGAAAAUGCCUACUGGUGUCUUAGGAACACUGAGUGAAGUUUUCCCUGAAAAUAAUCUAGUGCUUAGUCAGCCAAUUGAUGCAGAAAUUGUGCAGAAUGUAAAUCCUGCAUUUUCAUCAAUAAAUUAUGCUAAAGUGGAAGACAAUAAAGGCCAUUCAAUUACAAAUAAUGCUGGUGAAGAUAGUAAUAAAAAUAGCAGUAUAUCAUCAUCAGUAACUAGAAAUGCAUCAGAUGAGGAGUUUUUUACAAGCAAAGAAUUUAUUGGACCCAUUUACAAACCUGCCAAAGGCAACAAACAGGACAAAUCUGGGAGCAGCAAUGAAUGUGGAAGCAGUGGGGUUGAUCAGGAUGAAUUGCAUGAAAAGAAAGCUAAAAGAAAGGAGGCAAAGAAGUUGCAUACUGUUUCUUCUGUGGUGCCAGAAAUGGAUGAUGAACUAGACCAGUUUUAUAAAGAAAUUAACCAGCUGGAAAAUGAAAGUUUAGAUACUGCUUUUCAGGAAAAAGAAAUAGAAACUUCUCAGGAACAAUAUUCUCUACCUAACUGUAGUCAAACCUCACCAGAGGACCAUCAACAUGUGUUGUUGGGCAGCCCACAACCAUUUUAUAAGAAUGGACAGUGUUUCUCAGGGGAACAGAAAACUGAGAAAACAAGCAAUGAGCAGCAGUUUCUUGUAGAAGCAAGUGGCUGGAAGACUGAAAAUACCUUCAAUGGACAAGUAGAUUCCUCAGUGCCUGAAUUCAGACCUGCUUGGCAGUCAGCAGAGUCUUUCAUACUACCUCAGGGCCCUUUUCCUCCUAGAAUCAACCAUCAGUCACAUUUCCUGGGACUCAAUUCUCCACAUCAAAAAACAAAUGCUCUCCCUUCUCACAGUGCUGAGCUUUUGCACAAAAAUUAUAAUGGUUACCAUGGAAAUAGUAAUACUAACAACCAUAGUCUAUUGUUUGAUCAAAGUGCCAACUAUGAGGAUAUCCAUACUACUCACAUCUUCAGAAAUGGAAAUAAUGACCAGAACAGACUCCAAAAUAAUGACCAGAAUCGACUCCAACAUAAUGGUUUCUGUGAAGCCAGAGAAAAGUGUUGGAAUGAUCCAACAGCUGACAAUAUAGAAGGAAUGCAGGGCUUUUCUUCCAUGCAGUUACCUAAAGAAAGAUUCAGUUGCCCACAGAAAUGGCUCCUAAUCUUAAGAGGUCUGCCUGGUUCAGGGAAAUCAACACUUUCUCGUACUCUGCUUGGUCAAAGUUGUGAUGGCAUUGUACUCAGCACUGAUGAUUAUUUUCGUCAGCAAGAUGGAUAUACAUACAAUGCUGCUCACCUUGGUGAUGCCCAUGACUGGAACCAGAAGAGAGCAAAACAAGCAAUGGAGCAGGGAAAAUCUCCAGUGAUAAUAGACAACACUAACACUCAAGCCUGGGAAAUGAAGCCAUAUGUGCAAGUGGCUCUAGAAAAGGGGUACAGAGUGGAGUUCUAUGAGCCAGAUACUUGGUGGAAGUUUGAUCCUGAAGAAUUAGAAAAGAGGAAUAAACAUGGGGUCACUCGUGAGAAGAUUGCUCAGAUGUUGGAACGAUACGAGUAUCAAAUAUCCAUACCUAUUGUCAUGAAUUCAGUGGUACCUCCCCACAAAAACAAUCAAAGGCCACCUCUGCAGCGAAGACAUAGGGAGACAAUUUUAAACAACCAUAGGCACCUAUGGACAAAUGGAAAGCAGAGGAAAAAGCAGAAAAGAAACAAAAAAAUGAAAGCAAAUCAUACAGAAAUUAUGAAGCAAAAGUUAAGCAGAGCAGCUCGUCGUCCGAUCACAGAUGACCAGGACACAUCAGAAAGUGAAGAGGAUGCUUUGGAAGAAGAGAACAGCAAAUCAUUGUGUACCUUCAGUGAAGGUCCAGAGGAUCCAGAAACAGUUUGUGGAGAGCAGCUUAAUGGUAAUGAUGAAAACCCAAAAGAAGAUGCAGUGGUUUCAAAAGAAGAGUUUUCGGUUGCUGUGUGUGAGUUCUCAGCAAUGUCAAAUAGUCCACUGAAGCAUGAAUUGCCCACAGAUGUAAAACCUUGUUCUACUGAAAUGCUAACCAAAAAUGCAUUUGGUGAUGAGGAAACAAAUCAGAGGCACCCAGGAAAUCUUCACAGAAGGAGUUUACUAAAAAUAAGCAGUGAUAAAAAUUCCUUCCAGGAAACAGAAAGUAUCUCUGAAGGUUAUAACAUGGCAGUGUUAAGCACAGAAAACAAACUUGAAUCAUAUCAAAAUACACGUGAAGCUGACGUGAAGGCUAAGCUGUUAAAUUUAAAUGGUGAGGAAAUCUCUCAGUGUUACAGUUCAAACAUAGAUGAUAAAGUGCCUGAUAAGAACACUGAGGACAAAGGUGCAUUAAAAGCAGAAGAGAAUAGCUCUAAUGCCUGGGCUUGUUUUUCAGUUAAUUUACCUACAGAGCAAUUGCAGCUGGGCUUUGACACACAAGUUUCUCUGUCAUCUUGUUCUGAGGAUAAAUUAGUAUGUGAACAAAGACCCCAGAAAAUUAAGAAAACUAAACAAACUCUUAAGAACAGUCCAGAAAAGCUGAACUGUUGUUGGUCAACUGGAGAACUGAGAAAGGAAAACCAUCAGGUAGCAGUAACUGAGGAGCCUGGGGAUACAAUAAGCAGUGGUCUAUUGGCAUCUCCAGCUGGUGAAAUGCACUUUGAUUCCCUUGUGGAAGUCAGGAGCACCUUCAGGCUGCAUUCAGGGGAAGGAAAUGUUCCAAGAAAUUGUGCUGCACCAGCUACAUCAAAGAGAAAAGGAUACAGAAGAAUUGUCAAUUUAGCACCCAAGUUUAAUCUACCAAGACAAAUUGCUGCUACUUCAGAAGGGAGGAAGGAAGUCCCAGGAAAAAGUGGUGUUCCCAAAACCAGUGUUCUGAAAGUGGAGCAAAAGAGCUUUGUAAGGAAAGACUGUGGAGAAGAACAUGAGCUGAACUGUGCAUUCUGGGAAUAUCCUGCACCUUACGGUGGCAAUGAAGCAACCUGUUCUGCACCCCCCCUGGGAGCAGAUGCCUUGUUACAUGAUAUUUCUUCCCUUCAUUUGGGACGAUCUUCUAUGCCAAAAUAUUCCUGCAGGGCUUGUGUAGUUUCCAGGAUGAAGGGGGAAAAAGCUAGAACUUUUAAGCAACAACAGGGACUUGAUGAAAAAGAGAGUGAACAAGUUUCUUCAGGGGUUACUAACAGCCAGCCAGAUAUUUUGUCUUCUGUUAAAGUUGUUUCUGAAUACCCAGGAGAUUCUAGUCUAUUGGCAAGCUGUGGUGAAAAUGUGCAGGAAGCAGAUGACCCUGAACCAGCAGAGGCCUCACAGCUUGAAGAAAAUAAAGAUGUGAAUAUGAGAUGGAGUUUUCUGGGACUUCCCUUAUCGUUAGGAUUUGCUUUUCAACUUGUGCAACUCUUUGGUUCUCCAGGUCUUCCAGUGGAGUCCUUGUUGCCAGAUGAUUAUAUAGUUCCUCUUGACUGGAAAAUUUCAAAGAUGAUCUAUUUACUGUGGAAGACCUCUGUGGAGGAGAAACAGAAAACAAAUGCAUUGCAGAAUGGAAAUGCUUUGGCUGAUGAUACUGUUAGUCUUGAAGAUCUAAAUGAAAAUUGCCAAGAGAACCAUAACUCCUCUGAAGCACAUGCAGACAGGGAGAAGUUUCAAGGCCAGAUUGAAGAGAACACUGACUGUCAGGGUGCUGUGUUUCAUCAGUUGUGACUGAGCAUCUUAAGUUCUUCAUGAAGGAAAAGAAACUCUUCACUUUGAUACCACCGUGGGAGGACUUCAGUUGGCCAGCAAGGAUUUCAAUAGUAAGGCAUAACCUGGAAGAAAGUACCCACUUCAGUGUUUUGCUGUGAAUCUUUGGCCAUCUUCCCCCCAGAGCCCCUCAAUAUCAACUUCUCUGUCCAUGUAAUAAAAAACAAAAUUGAAAUAACA